AUGAGCUGCUACUUGUCAUGGAGAUGUUUAUUCCUGGUCCUCGGCACACUGAACUCCAUGUUUCUGAGCUGUUCGGGCUGCUUCAUGGAUGAGAGGGCAGCCCUCAUGGAUAUUAGCUCUUGGUUCAUGGGCGUGCAGUACAUGGUUCCCACUUCUUGGGGAGGCGAUGAUGACUGCUGCUCGUGGGAAAGGGUCACAUGCAACAGUAGCACGCGACGAAUAUCGCAUCUUGACCUUUCCCAGGACUUGACCCAAUACUCGCCUAGUAUGGAAGAUGAAAUCUCGAAUCUUAACUUGAAGAUUUUUUCUUCGUUUCGGGAGCUUCAGCUACUGGAUUUCUCUGCACAAGAAGCUAAUUUACAAAAUUUCGAGGGUCUCCAAGGAUUGAGUAAGCUCAAGUAUCUUGACCUCAGUGACAACCAAUUGUUCGGGGGUAUCCCAAGAUCCAUCGGCAGAUUGGUUUCUUUGGAAGCCAUAAAUCUCAAUCGAAACAACAUGGGUGGGGCUCUUCAGAAUAUAGGUUUCCAAAAUCUUCGGAACCUACGAGAAUUGCAUUUGAGAUCCAAUCGAUUGAGUGGUAGCCUCCCUGCAUCUUUAUUUGCGCUUCCAUUCCUUGAGCACUUGGAUCUUUCAGAAAAUCUCUUUGAAGGACAUAUACCUAUAAACUCAUCUUGGAACUGUUCCUCGUUGCUUAAAACUAUCAGGUUAUCUGAUAACAAGCUAAGCGGUACAUUUGAUUUCUUCUGGAUAAGAAACUGCACGAAGCUCAAAGAGAUAGAUCUGUCCAGGAAUACCGAUUUGGUUGUUCAAGUGAAAAUGCAUGGCUGGGUACCUAAAUUUAGAUUGAGAGCACUAAAGCUCUCUUGGUGUAACCUUGACAAGAGCAUCAUUACAGAACCACAUUUCCUACGCACACAACAUCGUCUGAAGUUUCUUGAUUUGUCCAACAAUAAUUUACCUGGAAGCAUGCCCAGUUGGCUGUGGACAAAUGAAGUGACACUAACUUACCUGAAUCUUGCAAAUAACUUACUAGUUGGAUCAUUAGAUCUGAUAUGGCAACACCAAACUAAUCUCAAACUGGUGAACAUAUCUCCGAACCUAGUUGAAGGACAGCUGCCAGCCAACAUCAGUUUGAUGUUUCCUAAUCUGGUUGUUCUUGAUGUUUCCCACAAUAUUAUUUCUGGAACAAUACCACCAUCACUGUGCCACAUGAGCAACUUAUCAGUUAUGGACCUAUCAAAUAACAAAUUUACAGGAAAAGUGCCAUCUUGCUUGUUCACUGAUUGCCAUAGUCUGGAUAUAUUGAAGCUCUCAAACAAUACUCUCGGGGGCAAGAUAUUUGAUGGAGCUAGUAGCUUCUCUGCUGACCUGUGGGGAAUAUACCUAGACAACAAAUUUGUUGUAGUUAUGAUCCACUUUUCCCCGCUGAAUUUGAGAAAUGAAAUCACCUUUUUUGCAUUGUUGUACUGUACAUGUCAACAAGUCAGCACACAUGAAAAUGCAGUUUGUCAGUAG